CCAACGUACACAAAACACCUCUCUCUCUCUCUCUCUCUCUCUCUCUCUCUCUCUCUCGUAGCAACCAUGGAGACUGUAGUUAGCCUCCUUCUCAUCCUUGCCAUCAUCUCCGGCACCGGUGCCGCAGAUCCCGACAUGCUCCAGGACAUUUGCGUCGCUGAUCGUACUGGAGCGGUUAAGGUUAAUGGAUUCAUCUGCAAAGACGCUGCGAAAGUGAAUUCUUCGGAUUUCUUCUUCGACGGACUCGCUAAGCCCGGUAGCACGAACAAUACAAUGGGAUCUCUAGUAACAGUGGCCAAUGUUGAUAAGAUCCCUGGCCUCAACACGCUCGGUGUGUCGCUAGCCCGGAUCGACUAUGCGCCGGGCGGCCUGAAUCCACCUCACACACAUCCAAGGGCUACUGAGAUUGUGUUCGUUCUCGAAGGCCAAUUGGACGUUGGGUUCAUCACGACAGCCAAUUCUCUCUUCUCGAAGACUAUCAAGAAGGGUGAGAUCUUCGUUUUCCCUAGGGGCCUAGUGCAUUUCCAGAAGAACAACGGGGUUGUGCCGGCGGCGGUGAUCGCUGCAUUCAACAGUCAAUUGCCUGGGACCCAGUCGAUCGCUCUGACUCUGUUCACGGCGACUCCACCGGUCCCUGACAAUGUGCUUACAAAGGCAUUCCAGAUUGGUACCAAGGAAGUUGAGAAGAUCAAGACCCGGCUAGCACCGAAAAAAUAGAGAGAGAUUGUGUUUUACCGCCGGCAUGUCAGAUUCCGGCAGCCGGACAGCCAGUGUGUAGUUUGCUGAUAUGGAUUUUGUACUUUUGCUUUUUGGAAAAAUAAUUUACAUGUGUGUGGAUCGUUAUUAUUAAUCAAUCAUACCGAUGUCAUCAUUUUACUA